UCCGCUCGGAGGAAUGGCGUCGCCGGGUUCAAGGACUGUCUUCCUGUUGGCCCUGACCAUCAUAGCCAGCGCCCAGGCUUUGAUGCUCAGUCACUACCUCAGCCAGCAUGACGUGGAGAGACUGAAGGCCUCACUGGACCGCCCUUUCCAGAAUCUAGAAUCUGCCUUCUAUUCCAUUGUGGGACUCAGCAGCCUGGGGGCCCAGGUGCCAGAUGUAAAGAAAGCAUGCAGCUUCAUUAAGUCAAACCUGGAUCCCAGCAAUGUAGAUUCUCUUUUCUAUGCAGCACACUCCAGCCUUGCCCUCCCUGGUUGUGAGAUCUCCGUUUCAAACGAGACCAGAGACCUGCUUCUGGCAACGGUCAGCGAGGAUUCUUCUGUGGCCCAGAUUUACCAUGCAGUUGCAGCCCUCAGUGGCCUCGGCCUGCCCUUGGCUUCCCAAGAAGCACUCAGUGCUCUCACUGCUCGCCUCAGCAAGGAAGAGACUGUGCUAGCAACGGUCCAGGCUGUGCAGGCUGCGUCUCACCUGUCUCAGCAGGCUGAUCUGAGGAGCAUCGUGGAAGAGAUUGAGGAUCUGGUGGCUCGCCUGGAUGAACUGGGAGGUAUAUAUCUGCAGUUUGAGGAAGGACUAGAGACGACUGCAUUAUUUGUGGCUGCCACCUACAAGCUUAUGGAUCACGUGGGGACCGAGCCGUCUAUUAAGGAGGACCAGGUAAUCCAGCUCAUGAAUACCAUCUUCAGCAAGAAGAACUUUGAUUCCCUCUCCGAAGCCUUCAGUGUGGCCUGUGCAGCUGCUGCACUUGCCCAGAACCGUUACCACGUGCCAGUGGUGGUAGUACCUGAGGGCUCACCUUCCUACACUCAGGACCAGGCCCUCCUGCGGUUGCAAGUCACCAACGUUCUGUCCCAGCCUCUUACUCAGGCUUCAGUUCAGCUGGAACAUGCUAAAUCUGUUGCUUCCAGAGCCACAGUUCUGCAAAAGACCCCAUUUAGUUCUGCAGGGAAUGUUUUUGAACUAAACUUCGUGAAUGCCAAAUUACCCAGUGGUUAUUAUGACUUCUCUGUCAAAGUUGAAGGUGACAGCCGUUACAUUGCAAAUACAGUAGAGCUCAGAAUCAAGAUCUCCACUGAAGUCGGUAUCACAAAUGUCGAUCUUUCCACUGUGGACAAGGACCAGAGCAUUGCACCCAAAACGACACGAGUGACCUACCCAGCCAAAGCCAAAGGCACAUUCAUCGCAGACAGCCAUCAGAACUUUGCCUUGUUCUUCCAGCUGGUAGAUGUGAACACCGGGGCCGAACUCACUCCUCACCAGACAUUUGUUCGUCUUCACAACCAGAAGACGGGACAGGAAGUCGUGUUUGUCGCCGAGCCAGACAGCAAGAAUGUGUACAAGUUCGAACUGGAUACCUCUGAGAGAAAGCUGGAGUUUGACUCUGCAUCUGGCACCUACACACUGUACUUGAUUAUUGGAGAUGCCACUUUGAAGAACCCAAUCCUGUGGAAUGUGGCUGAUGUGGUCAUCAAGUUCCCCGAAGAGGAUGCUCCAUCAACUGUUCUGUCCAAGAAUCUAUUCACACCCAAGCAGGAAAUUCAGCACCUGUUCCGAGAGCCUGAGAAGAGGCCCCCCACGGUGGUGUCCAAUACGUUCACCGCCCUCAUCCUCUCACCUUUGCUGCUACUCUUUGCUCUGUGGAUCCGGAUUGGUGCCAACAUCUCCAACUUCAGUUUUGCUCCUAGCACGAUUAUCUUUCACCUGGGACAUGCUGCUAUGCUGGGACUCAUGUAUGUCUACUGGACUCAGCUCAACAUGUUCCAGACACUGAAGUACCUGGCUAUAUUGGGCAGCGUCACGUUCCUGGCUGGAAACCGGAUGCUUGCCCAGCAAGCAGUCAAGAGGAUCGCUGCAGAGCAGAGCAGUAGAUUGGCAAAAUAUAGGACACUACGAACAGCACAUUAGUUCCAAAAGAAAAGGGAAAUUCUAGAAGCUAAAUGAACAUCAAGAAAAGAAGUCAAGAACAGUUCACAGUUUGAAAAGAAGGGUGGAGAAAAAAAACAAAACAAAACAAUUUAGGGAAAAAAUCUAAAUAGUAAUCCUUUCUUUAUAUUUUUCUUUUUUAAAAAAAUGUUUUGACUUGUUUAUUUCACCAACACAGAACAGAUACCCUUAAGCCCAGGUAAUAAUCUCUUUCUUUGGCCUGGUGCCCUGGCAAGAUGCUGUGAAUCUUCCUAACUUACCCAAGAUACUGCUUUUGAAAAGCUGAAAUUUGGACUGUCUGUGUGGGAAUAAAGAAAAUAGAGGAUCUAAA